AUGAGCUAUCAAUUGUAUCGCAACACAACGUUAGGGAACAGCCUACAGGAGAGUUUAGAUGAAUUAAUUCAGGUAAAUUACCAGUUAUUUCUUCUUUCUGUCUGUGAAAAGAGGGGAUUUGGUGAAAUCCACGAAGAUGUAUUCUUUCUACCUAAUCGCGUGAUGUCGUUGUCUCAAAGCCACGUUUAGUUGAAUUUAUCUGUUCGUUGCGAUCCCGUUUGUACGGACUGUUAGUCCAAAAAUAUCAUUCGAGAUGUUCAUUGUCCACUAUCGUUAAAGGCCAGAUUUUUCAUGCUGUAAUGACUGUUUCGAAUGGAAUAGUCGUAAGCGAUGAAUGUUUUGUAGUUUUAAUGGCGGUCCGUAUCAGGUGAACAAGGUGUUGACUCCAUGGAAUACAAAGCUUAGAUUUAGUCUCUGGCGGGAUUCACCGUUGUGUUUCUGUAGUGUUAAAUGUUUUGGUAACAUGUUAGAUUUAACGGAAGAAUCGAUAUCAUCUGAGCUUUUUCCACGAUUGCAAAACCAAGUCAAAGGAACACGUAAGCUUAAUACCGUAUAUCAAUUCAUUGUCUUUGGUUUGACUCUAGCCAGCUCCAGAAGAGGAGGAAGUUAGUGUAACUAACUUUUUUCUCAGAUACGUCGCGUAAAUUGAAUGCAGUUGUAGGUAAAUUCGCAUGCCAUUUCAAAAUCACCUUAAGGCCAAAAUACAUUACUAUUGCCAAGAGGUUGUUUUGUGCACGGUUAAAUUUAGAUUCUGACCAGUUACCAUAAGAGCUUAGAAGGCUUGGGUUAAACCCCUUUGAGGGCAUUAAAACCCUUCAAUAAUGGCCUAUACCACACCAUUUUCAGCGGUAAUUAGCAAUCCUCUGUAAGACUUAGCAUCAAAGAAGCCCUACCUUACGCAAUUUAAGGUUAAACCAUAACUCUAAUUCUGCAUGCCACUAAUCAGUUUCACAUACAGUCUGUACCCUAUUCUGGACCAAAAUUCUCUGAUUUCUACAUGUAUAUCCUAUCCCACACUGCACUUCAUAAAAAAAACCUGACGGUGCACUGUGUAAAAAAACCUGAUCCUUCGCAGCGGAUUGGUAGCGACAAUGGCUUCAGAGUGCCACUGUGAGGCUAAUGGACUUAACCUUACAUGUAAAAAUUUGUCUUCCUUGCUUUUAUUUAACUUGAGACUGAACUAUUGCAGGUACCUUAUCAAUGUUGCUUCUAAAGUUAUCUUGUAACCUUUUAGUCACAACAGAUUAGUCCCCAACUUGCCCUGCAAGUCCUGUUGCAGUUUGAUAAGGCUAUCAACCAUGCCCUCUCUAACAAAGUCAAGAGCAAGAUUAGUUUCAAGGUUAGUUAACCCAUUACAUAAAUAAUACCAUAUUGUUUUAGUCAGAAAAAAGAGCAGGAGUUGGAAAAUAUUAAGUGCUGUAGUGACAUGCAAUGACUUUUUUAGGAACUGAGUCAUACUUUGCAUCUCUCCUUCAGAAUUAAUUAAUUUUUCUUACUUACUGACAUAGCAUUAACUACACAACAAAUCUUUUAUUCUCUGGGGAUUUGGGGGGCCCAGGUUGUCAGGGAAACUUGCUAUUAUCCCUGCAAUAAAAACUGUAUACAAGCCCACACUUAACAGAACAAUAAAAAAAUAAAAUAAAAAAUAAUAUGUUGUAUUCACAUCAGCAUAUGUUGGCUGUAGCAAGUUGAAAUAAUUAAAGCAUAAAUCCAUGUCUCUGUUUUAUUUCAGGGUAGUUUGAACACAUACAGGUUUUGUGAUAAUGUGUGGACCUUUGUAUUGAAUGGUGUAGAAUUCAGGGAUAUGGGAGAAGUUGUCAAGGUGGAAAAAGUGAAAGUUGUAGCUUGUGAUGGAAAAGGUUUGUGUGGCUAUAUUUAA